AUGUCUGCAAUUGCUCCAAUCACUGGUACUAUUAGAAAGAGAAUCUUGGCCGAUAUCACCAUCGGUUUCGCUAUUGGUGGUGCUAUGGCUUCCUAUUGGUGGUGGGGUUUCCACAAGAACAUCAUCAACAAGAGAGAAGCUUACUACGCUAAGUUGGCUGAACAAAAGGCUGCUGAAAACUAA